AUGUUUUUUGGCGCCAGCGCGCACUAUCCUUACAAGAAUAAGAUAUCUCAGAAUGCGGGUUACACGAACGUCCGGGAUGGCAUGUAUUUCACAGAUCUUUGGCUUCUGGGAAAGCACGUUGGAUUGUUUGCUGAAGUCACGAGCGAUGACAUAGUCACCAACAGAGAUUAUAACGCUCUCGAUUUCGCAUAUUUCUGCCCACCACGCAAGCUGGGAGACUUGCGAUACAAGAUUCUUGCACAUUACAGCUGGCCCGGGUUAGUUGGUGGUGUCAGAGCGAGAUUGCUGGCUACAUUCCAAUCCACUGAUAACCCCGUAGACGUGCUAGUCGGUUCACCUUCUGCGUAUCUGACGAGCAAAACAACAUGGCACCGCACGAGAAAAUGGGGAACCGACCAUUUUCACUCAUUACUGCAAGAGGAAGGUGGCGGGGUGUAUGGGCCCAUGCUGUUUGCCACUCUUGGCAGUAAGACCACGAAGAUGAAGGAUGAUUGGAAAGUGCAGCAAGUUGUCUGUCCCAUGGAAGGCAUCGCCAAUGCAGGACGCAUCUUAAGCACGUACACUUGUUCUUUUUACGGCGGGAUGGUAAAGUAUAACUCGUUCACUCCCUUGACUUUGUCAAUUACUUUUUGGCAAUUCGAAUAUAGUACAUGGGCGACCUACACCACCCUGAUUUUGGCUCUCAAUUGGAAUAAUGAAUCAGCUGCAGCCAAGAAAAUGAGUAAAGCAGCGCCUGUGUUCCAGGUGUACAAGAAGGAAAUCUCUGUGGCUGUGGUAUUUCUACUUGUCGUAGAAAGCCAGAUGUGGCUUGCUUACGUACUCUGGAUGGGCCCGUGGACUCGUCUCUUUAAUGGUUACUUGAUUCUGUUUCUCAUCUAUCCAACGAUGUGUUUUGCCAUGGCGAUGAUUUUCCAGCGCGAGGCUGGAAAGGUUGUGGAUAAUCUUGCUGCUGGUGGCUCUACAAAUGCUGCUUUGGUAGCUUUCCGGAAAAAAAUGAUCACAAAUCUUGCGAGAGGUGGAUUAUCUGACAUUGCUGGCUAUUUUUUUGUCCUCUUCUCAGCUGGACUGCCUGGCAAUCACGCAAAUGUUGCUUUCAGUUCUACGAUUCGGGUCACAUUCAAAACUCUUGUAACCUCCCCAAGCGGCGGCAGCACGGAAGAAGGCGCGGAGCAAGGCCAAAAACAUCAGCUCAGGUAUGAGGUCGUCGUUUUCCUCAGUUUCGUCGUCGGCAGACUCCUCGUCGAUGUCGUCGUCGACGUCGUCUGCCUCGACAAGCGACUCAUCGUCAUCGUCAACUUCGUCAACUUCGUCAACAGAGGCUGCCACAACAGUCUCCUAGUACACCGCAGAAGGCGCUCAGCCGAGAAGUGGCGGCCGCGUCCGGGCCUCGGCCGGGGCCCCUGCUAG